GCGGUGACGGCCGCGGCGGGCGCUCGACGAAGUCGGAGCUCACGGAUGCCAUCAACAACGCCAAGAAGAUGAUGAACCGCUACCAGCAGAUCCAGCUGCAGUCUAACACGCUGGUGAAGUCUAUGGAGAACAAUCAGGACUGGGCGCGGUGCAAGGACUCUACUGACCACAAGAAGCUCAUCCAGCUGAACGAUGACCUCCAGAACGUUGUCGACACGCACCCGUUGAUCAUCAAGGUGCUGACCAGGGACUUCCCCGCUCUCAAGAAGGAGCUCGGCGAGUUGGAGUUCCCUGUCGCCCUGCGCGCCAUGGCCAAGCUGAAGGGGCCGCUCGACCAGAUCGAGAUGCAGAGCAAGCUCGCCAUGGGCUUCCUGCAGGCCGAGAACCAGAUGCUCGAGGGGGGGCCCGAGCCGCAGAAGAAGGCCAGGGGCAAGGCCGCCAAGGCCCGAGCCGCCUGA